AUGGGAUUGAUCAAUGUGCAAACCAUCGUCGCUUGUACCGGCGCGAUAUUGGCAUUUUGCCUCAUUGUCAUAAGGAACUCGUCUGGGCUGGUCACCUACUACAUUAUCUACGGGUUUUCCGCUGGCGCCUUCAUGGGCUUACCGGCCGCCGGCGUAGUGAACCUCUCAGCAGACGAGAGCAAGAUUGGUGCCCGGCUGGGGAUGUCCUUGGCCGUUGUGGGAUGCGGUGUCCUCGUGAGUAACCCCAUUGCAGGGGCUAUUCUGGGCGGCAGAGGCGGCUGGGUUGGGCUUAUUGUGUGGUGUGGCGCGUUGCUUAUGGCUUCGUUUAUUAGCAUGGCUGCGAGUAGGAUAUGGAAGGUUGGCUUUGGAUUUAAGAAGGCGAUUUGA